UCGAUUUUAAAGGUCCGCCUACUAUUUUUCCAGAUCUUUAAACAUCAUCAUUUUUACUCUUGUAUAAAAUAACCGCUUUAGAAUACAUUUUACUUUUAUGGAGCCUUUUGUACAGCGGUUAUAACUGGUAUAAACCGACAUUAUUAUUGUUAUUGUUAUGGUCAGUAUAUUGCAAUAUAAACAUCAGGCUAAUUAUGACUUAAUCGGCUAUUUAACAUAGAAAAUAUAUAAAAGUAACCCAAUGGAGAUAGAUUUUCCGUCGUACUUGAAGGCAUCAUUGAUUACAUCAUCACCGAGCGUCAGCUGGCUACGUAGAAUUACCGCAUCCGCUGAACUCAGACGUAACAAACCUUUUUAUUCACCAGUUAGCAGAACAGUUCAAACCAUCUUAUUCUUAGUCUCUGCUCAACUGAAUCUUACUGUUAUAUUGCUAUUGUUUGUAUAUUUGUAAGGGUAGCGUGUCUUCUGUCGCAGUGUUGAAGUUAGCUUAAAGCUAACUCAGUAAGAAGAAAAGAGCAGAGCAGCCUGACCCGGACCCUGCUAACCCGGGACCGGCUCAGAGGAUGGACAGUGAGAUCCAACGGGACGGGAGAGUCCUGGACCUGACUGAUGACGCCUGGAGGGAGGACAGGCUGCCCUAUGAGGACGUCACCAUCCCUCUGAGUGAAUUGCCGGAGGCUGAGCAGGACAACGGAGGCUCCACAGAGUCUGUGAAAGAACAAGAGAUGAAGUGGACUGACCUCGCCCUGCAGAGCCUGCACGAAAACACACCGAGCACCGGAAGCUAAAGACUCCUCAGGAAUCAGACUGGAGGACAGAAACACACAUGGACACUGCAUUUAUUCAAAUGCAAUUCACCAUCUUUGGUAGGAUUUGCAUUAUGUUUCAGCUGAGCAGAAAUUAUGCACAAAUGUGUUUUGCAUUGAUAGUUGGUUUAUAUUGUAGUCUUUAUAAAUAUAAAUAUAUAAAAUGACAACUUUUGAACAACAUAAAAAGAAAAGAGUUGCUUCUAAUUGUCUUGCCUCUUUCUUUUUCUUUUUUCUUUUAAAUAUAUAUAUAUUUUUAAUUUUGUGUUAAAUCCAGAAGAUGAGAAUGAUGUUGGACAUCCGCACAUACAUACAAUAUUGUGCAAAUUGAUUUUGCUUGAUCAAAGGGAUCGUCAAUGGUAGAAAUAUCGAGAAAAAGCUCUUUCAAGUCACUGAAGUCACUUUGGCUUAAUUGGCCGCCUUACCAAUGAAGGCUUAAAAGUAAAGGGAAAGUUUUACCGAUAACUAUAUACACUCGGAUGCCAGUGGAUUAGAUGACCAAAACUAAUUAUGUUUAGACAAGAACACUGCGCUAAAUGCUUUUUUCUUCUAGGUUGAACUGUUACAUCAAGGUAUUUUAACUUUUUAGGCAUUUUGCAGCCUGUAAUGUGUAUAUAUAAUGAUCACAUAGACACAAACUUAGUUUAUUUAUUGUGAUACAAUGUGCUAUGGUCCUAUUACCAGCCUACUUAUCUCUAGGUAGUGCAUUCAACCAUUUUAUGCAGAAAAAUAUAAUUCCCUCGAAGCCUAUUUUCAUUCUCUUAAUAAACAUGUUCACAACUCUG